AUGAAUACAACGGCUUCGUUCUCAUCUGAACAUUCAUGGAGCAGACGUUGUUCUACAGAAACGGUGUAUAGCCUUCAAGGGAAAGAAACUGAUUUUGUGCGAGACACGACUGACACAGAGUCAUUGGACAGCGACGACGAGCGAGACGUGGAGUACGAGCCUGUAACAGAGUCCGAGGAUGAUGCACCGGUCACUUGUGAUUCUUCUGGUGGAAGCGAUAAUGAAAUAAUAGCCACGAAAGUGAUCGAAGUAUCCGUACGGGAUGAUGGAGACCUCGUGUUCGCGGACUCCGAGCAGACUGAGUCGAACGCCAGCGACAGUGAGAUGGACCUGCACGACUACUGGUACUGCGCACAGUGCCUGGCUGCCAACAACAACCCGCUGUAUCGGUACUGCGAAAAGUGUUUCAAGGUACGUAAAAACUUCUUCCCGCCGAGACCGAAGCGAAAACACAAGCGUAACUUUCUCGAACACGAGAGUCCGCGAAACGAUCCAGAAAUCACGAAAGACGUCGAUAGUGUCGCCCGAAUCGAUUCUAUUGUUCACCUCUCGCAGGACUCCGGCGUGGAAUCCCUAGGUUUCAAUACAGCUUCCAGUCAGGAGUUGAGCCAGAUCGAUAGAGUUGGCAUUUCAGAGGUCGAGGUUAAAAGUGAGGGUAGUUGCCAAAAUGUGAUAUUAGAUAGGCAUCACAAACGGCGGGCGGAGUCCGCCGAUAGGAAAAAUAAAAGGAUGAAGGUAGAUUAUUCGGAUACAGACAGCGAUUCUAGUUUGGAUAGCGUUAGGGAAACUGAAAUAGAGAAAGUUAAACCUCUGGUUAAGAUGGUGAGCGACCCCUCUCUAUCCAUCAAAGAGGUGGAUUCGGCUAAUUUGUCAAAACGGACGAUAAUUAAUUCGCUGAAGGAGAACUUGGACUCGAACGACAAUAUGUGCAUAGUUUGCUUCUCGAAGCCCAAAUCGGGUGUGUUCGUCCACGGCCGGAUAGCCCACAUUUGCUGUUGUUACAAUUGCGCUGUUAAAGUGUGGGCGAAGGCGAAACGGUGUCCCUUAUGCAAUUGUAAAGUCAGCAAUGUACUGCGAGCUGUCAUGUAG